AUGACACAAUUAACACGACAUAAAAGGGAUUACAGUAAGGAAUAUAUAGCCUGCUGGAAUCUGAAGGCCUACAUAAAGGAUAUCAACACAAACACGGCAAGCAUGGUAUCAGUGACAAAAAGUGGAUUAGAUGAGAAAGCUCUAGGGGACACCAUAUGGGAAAUCCUCACAGAACAAAUAAAGGAAAGCACAACAUGCACAAACCUUUUAAAGUAUGAGAUAUCAGGAAGACGCGAUAGGCAUGCCAUUGCGGACAUAAGGAAGAUGUGCGAAAGCAAAGAAAAAAUCAUGAAAGAAUUAAAGGCCAUCAAUGUACUGCAUAAUGUCAAAUAUGUGUAUUAUAUAGGUUGGUUGCAGGAGGUGCUGGAGUGGGCCAGUAGGAACACAUGGAGUGAACAGAUGAUAGGACUGUCUGCCUGGCAACUAUUGAAGACAAAAAGAUACCAUGAGUGUGAUAUAUGGACAGUAUUCAAUAUUCCAUCAGGUUCUCAGGGAAAUGAAUAUAUCACAUAUACCCAACACAUUCCUGAAUCCAGCACGAGACAGGUACAAUGGAAACCCAGGAGAUGUGUAGUAAAAGGAAUCCCGCAACACCAUUUAAGGAACCACACGAAUGAACUGAGUCUUAUAAUGCACAGAAUAGCAGAAAAAAGGAAACUAAAAAAACAAGUAGAAUCGGAAUCACAUAUAAUGAAUUCAACCCAAUUAAGCAAAUUCAUAAAAGAAACGAACAGCACAUACAAAUUACAAGAACAGAGCAAGAACAGAAAUGAAGAAGGAGAGGAAACUACGGCGGAAGAAAUCACGAAGAAGUCAGGAGCCAGAGGAGCAAGUGUAGUGAUGAUACCCCCAAUCACAGAAGAAGAUGCCACUGCAGCCACAUCGAAGCAAGAUAUCAAACAAGGAUUGCUCGGGGCAAAGGAAUUACAACAAAGAAAGAAUGAAGCGUGCACCAUGGAUGCGCAAGAAGGAUUGCGACAACAGUGGAGGAAGAUACUGGCUGAUAUAGGAAAGUUAGGAAGUGACAGCGACACAUAA